CAAUGUCCUUUUUCUUUUUCCCUUACUUUUGUUUUUGACCAAGAAGUCUAUAAAGUUGUAUUUUUGCAAUCAUGAAGUUUCCAAGCUCGUUCUUUUACUCAUUUUUUGUUGUUUCAUUUUCUUUUGAAAGUUCAAGUAAAUGCGCACACUCUCACAAUAUUAAUACUAGCUAGCAUUUACAUUAGCAGGACUUGACUCUCAACCUUUCCUUUUAGAAAGAAGAGAUCAUACCAUAUAUUAAGAUUCUUAUUUUCCCCAAGAAAUUGCAGGCAAUAUAAGCUAAGGAGGGCUUGGAUUAAUGUCUAACAAAGGGGUGCAACUGCAUAUUCAAGAUGAGCAAGUGGUGUUAGAAAAUGGCAUACUUGAAGUGACAUUCUCAAAUCCAGGGGGAACAAUCACUCGAAUUCAAUAUAAUGGAAUUGAGAACUUGCUUGAGCUUGAUAAUCCAGCCUAUCCAAAACUCAAGGGAGGGUUUUCUGACCUUAAUUGGAGCAAAGUGGGAAGCUCGGGGACACGUGGAAAAUUCGACACGAUUGAAGGAUCAAGUUUUAAGGUUAUUGUGGAAAAUGAGGAAAAAGUAGAGCUCUCAUUUACAAGGACUUGGGACCCUUCUCUACAGGAUGAGCAUGCCCCCUUAAAUAUAGACAAAAGGUUCAUAAUGUUUCAUGGUUCCUCGGGCUUCUAUUACUACUGCAUUUACGAACACUUAGAGGACAUGCCUGCUUUCAACCUCAACGAAACUAGGAUCGUGUUCAUGCUCAAAAUAGACAAGUUUCAUUACAUGGCAAUAGCAGAUAAUAGGCAAAGAUUCAUGCCCCUACCAGAUGACCGGUUACCAGGAAGAGGUGAAGAACUAGCCUACCCUGAAGCAGUCCUACUUGUCAACCCUGUUGAGCCAGAAUUUAAAGGAGAGGUAGAUGACAAGUACCAAUACUCAUGUGAGAACAAAGAUAAUAGGGUUCACGGGUGGAUAUGCUUUGACCCGCCCGUGGGGUUCUGGCAAAUCACACCUAGCAAUGAGUUCAAGACUGGGGGUCCACUCAAACAGGAUCUAACAUCCCAUGUUAAUCCAACAGCCCUUAAUAUGUUUGUCAGUGCCCAUUAUGCUGGAGAGGACCAUGUUGUGAAAUUUGAAGCAGGGGAGCCAUGGAAGAAAGUUUGUGGCCCGGUUUUUGUCUAUCUGAAUUCAGUGUUGGAUAAUAAUGACGCGGACAAGCUCUGGUAUGACGCGAAAGAACAGAUGAAGAAUGAAGUCCAAUGCUGGCCAUAUAGUUUCCCUGAGUCGAAGGAUUUUCCAACUUCUGAUCAGAGGGGUACUGUUAAUGGUAGACUGCUAGUCCAAGACAGGUACAUCAGUGAGGACUUUAUAUCAGCAAAUGGUGGCUAUGUUGGGUUGGCUCUACCAGGAGAUAGUGGAUCAUGGCAAAGAGAAGUCAAGGGCUAUCAGUUCUGGACCACGGCAGAUGAAGGCGGCUAUUUUACCAUUAAGAAUAUACGUGCAGGCGACUAUAAUCUUUAUGCUUGGGUUUCUGGUUUUAUUGGAGAUUAUCGACAUGAUGUUGCCAUUACCAUUACCUCAGGUUGUGAUAUUGAUAUUGGCAAUCUUGUGUAUAAGCCUCCAAGAGAUGGACCUACAUUGUGGGAAAUAGGCAUCCCUGAUCGAUCCGCGGCAGAAUUCUACGUACCUGAUCCUAAUCCCAAAUAUAUCAACAAACUUUAUGUCAAUCACCCAGAUAGGUUUAGACAAUAUGGAUUGUGGGAAAGAUAUGCAGAUUUGUAUCCUGAUGGAGAUUUAGUUUACACUGUCGGUGUUAGUGACUAUCAGAAAGACUGGUUCUUUGCUCAGGUAACCAGGAAAGUAGGUGAUAACACAUACCUAGGAACUACAUGGCAAAUAAAGUUCGACAAUGACAACUUGUAUCAAACUGGAACUUACAAACUGCGCGUGGCACUUGCAUCUGCAAAUGAUUCCGAAUUACAGGUUCGAAUUAAUGAUCCGGGAGCUGAGCCUCCUCAAUUUUCAAGUGGAGUGAUUGGGAAGGAUAAUGCCAUCGCAAGACAUGGUAUUCAUGGGCUGUAUUGGCUGUUCAAUGUGGAAAUACCAAGCACUCAACUCCUCCAAGGCCAAAACACUAUAUAUCUAACACAAGCAAGCAACACUAGCCCUUUCCAAGGGCUCAUGUAUGAUUAUAUUCGUUUGGAAGCUCCUCCAUCUACUAACUAAUGCUGUGUCUGUAUAAUAUCAGUAACAAUGAAUGCUAUAUAUCAUGAUUUGUGUGUGUGAGAGAGAGAGAGAUCUCCUGAUUCUCUUCCUCAUAUCAUGAUUUGUGUGUGUAUGUGUGAAAGAGAUCCAGAUUCCUCUCAUCUUGUGAAUAUCAUGAUUUGUGUGUUUGUGUGAAAGAGAUCCAGAUUCCUCUCAUCUUGUGAAUGCAAGUGCAACAUUAUUGAUUUAAAUUAAAAAACCAUUAACA